AAUAGGCAACUCAUAUGUUUCACAACCUGCCGAAAACUCAGCCAGCCAGCCAUCUUUUGUGAAAAAUCAUUUUUGUUUCGUGUCGUCAGGGUAAAUUUCACAAUUGUAAUUAAUGUCAGAGCCACAGUCUUCGCUUUUGUUAAAAAAGCAAUUAGCAGAACUGAACAAAAAUCCAGUGGAAGGAUUUUCUGCUGGGUUGAUAGAUGACAAUGAUAUAUACAGAUGGGAAGUACUUAUUAUUGGCCCCCCAGACACGUUAUAUGAGGGUGGAUUCUUCAAAGCGCACUUACAUUUUCCUAAGGAAUACCCUCUGAGACCGCCACGGAUGAAAUUUGUUACUGAAAUAUGGCACCCAAAUAUUGAAAAGAAUGGUGACGUAUGCAUAUCAAUAUUGCACGAGCCCGGCGACGACAAGUGGGGCUACGAGAAGGCGUCGGAGCGGUGGCUGCCCGUGCACACGGUGGAGACCAUCCUCAUCAGCGUCAUCUCCAUGUUGGCGGACCCCAAUGACGAGAGUCCGGCCAACGUCGAUGCUGCGAAAGAAUGGAGAGAGCGAUACUCGGAUUUCAAAAAGAAAGUGGCAAGAUGUGUUAGGAAAAGUCAGGAAGAUUGUUUUUAGGGACGCGAGGGCCAGCAGAUCACUGUACAGUGUUGGAGAGGGCCACACUAGUAUCUCAGCAAUAAUGUCGACCCCUGCAGUAGCCACCACGCCAGAGCACACCGCCCCGCUACACACUUCUAUGUGUGCUCAUUAUGUUUCCUUUUGCAGAAAGAAUGGAGAGAAUCUUAUUCGGAGUUUAAACGAAAAGUAGCACAGUGUGUGAGAAAAAGCCAAGAGGAUUGUUCCUAGGUAACAGUGCCCUUUACCAUGAGUAGUUGAAUAGUGAGUGUGUGACGCACCAGCCGAGGUGCCGCCCCAGGGGCUCCAGCGAACAGAGACAAUAUUGAAAUUGAUUUAAAAUAAAUACUUAUUGUAAUUAAAAGGUAUCGCUGCCGCAUAUUAUAUAUAUAAUUAAUUAAAAUAGAAUUCAAGGUCUUUUUCAUCUUUUUUAAGACAUGUUAGCUAGCUAUUAUGAUAAUGAAAUGUGUACGGUAAUUUUUGUAGAAAAAUGAAUCUGCAUUUCUUUUUUGUUUCUUCUUUAUGAUAAAGUUUGAUCUCUGUAAGUAGCAACCAAAUCCGAAGUGUUUAUCUCUUAUUUAUUGCAUGUCUUGAUGGUACUAGGAACAUGUUGAAUUUAAGACAUGUAAAGUGAUUUAAAAUUUAAUUUGCGAAAAAUAAAAUAUUAUUUCUGAUUGUAGGUUAAUAAUGCCUUCCGAGAUCAUCUUAUUCUAGUGCUAAUUUUUAGUAGUAAAUUUCAUACUUAUGAUUAUAAUAUAAUUGCAUAUAAAUUUGAAUUUUAUAAUCUUUUUAUUGUAUUGAUUCUGUCGCCCUUUUUAUAUCUUAUGAAUUUAAUGUCACCAAAUAUUGGUGAUUGAAUAGUUGAUGAUUGUGGUUUCAUCAUAAAAUUGUGUAUUUCUUAUAUAACAUUCAUAAAAAUUAAAAGGUUGAUUACUGCUUUAAGAACUUUGCUAAUACUGUAUGAUGAUAACUAAUUCUUUAUCUUAUAUCUAAGGGCAUUUAAUUAAGUAAACAUUUUUAGUUAAAUUUUUGUAAAUGUACGAUCUAUAAAUUCAUUGUUUGUUUGAUAUUGAUUUGCUCUGAAAUUAAUACCUUAAUUGUUUUUGUUUUUCAAUAUCUCUCCACCCAGGGUCGGGAAGCAAAGAAAUGAUACCAAUUAAAAUAACCUGAGUUUUCCGCCAUUGGCUUGUAACAUGUGUACAAUAAUUUUACCUGUGUAUGUAUAUUUUUUACUAUAAAAAUCAUAAUGCAGUAAAUUAAA